AUGGGUUUUCCACUUUAUAUAUUGAUAUUUGCAGACCAAUGGUCAAACGUACCUAACCCCUGUAAGAACAAUCACAAUAACCAGCUAUACUACCCCCACCCUCACGACAAGGCCAAGUUUUUACAGUGUACGGCAGAUGGGGAGAUGUACAUCAUUCAGUGCCCCCAGGGGAAGGAGUACAACCCCUCUGUCACCAGCUGUGCUCCCCCCGUCACCACCACGCCAGCUCCGGUCACCAUUGGAUUUAGGAAUCCCUGUACAGCAGAAGCGAUAGCUAGGGGACAGAUUUACUUCGCGUACCCCAACGACAACACUAAGUUCAUGGUGUGUGAGGGGGUGGACCAGGUCAACAUAAUGGUGUGUCCCUCUCCGUUAAUCUGGGACAAUACGAGGCAGUCCUGUGUCUACAGCGCCACCAUCGGACAGACGCCACCGCCGGCCGCCACCACCGUGGCACCAGAUUCCUCCCUGUCGACUUGUCAACACAUGACGGUACCACCAGAAGGGAUCUAUUUCUCCCAUCCUAACCCCUCCAAGUUCAUCCAGUGCUCCCCGGGGGGUACAGCAUACGUCUUAACCUGUCCGGAGGGGACGGUCUGGAAUGAGUUCAAUAAAUUAUGUGUCUCCCCGUUUGGUACUGCUACAGCCGCUCCAGCAUUCUAAAGAAUCCGUGAUAGUAAAGAAAUGUUUUACUUACUGUGUAAAUAAAUUUUUCAAUUUAUA